UACCGCAAUUGAACUCAAUCUUUUCCUACCAAUCAUUUAGUUUGUUUUUGGUCUUUGUGUUCACUCGGAUUGUCUUUUUUUGAAGCGCUAAUUACGUGAUAAACUACAGUUUGGCACCAGCAUGUCUGGCACCUUAGCAAGACUACUGUUUUAUCCCACAUUGGCGUAUAAUGUUGUCAUGGAAAAAGUAUCAUCAAGACGGUGGUUCAAUCGCGUGGAUCAGACUGUCAUUCUAGGAGCCCUACCUUUCAAAACUAUGACAGUGGAGCUAGUACAGACAGAAAACGUCCGAGGGGUGAUAACCAUGAACGAGGAAUAUGAAACAAAAUACUUCUGCAACUCCACUGAGGAGUGGAAAGCUGCUGGAGUGGAGCAGCUGCAACUCAGCACAGUAGACCUGACAGGUGUGCCUAGUCUAGAGAACCUGCACAGAGGAGUGGAGUUUGCCCUUGGUCAUCGGGAAAAGGGCUCCAGUGUGUAUGUUCACUGUAAGGCUGGGCGCUGUCGAAGUGCUACACUUGCUGCUGCAUAUCUCAUACGGAUACACUGCUGGAGUCCAGAGGAAGCAUGUCAGAUGCUGGCCUCUAUACGACCACAUAUUAUAGUUCGCUCUGCACAACUGGAGAUGCUCCGGCGGUACCAUCAGCAAGUCUGUGGAAAGGGUUCCAUUUAGGUGUUAUUAUGCUGCCAGUAUAUUUUGUACUCAUACAGAAACUAAUGUCAUAUUUCCUGUUUGAAGGGGCUAUUGUCAUUGAGCUAAAAGAUUUGGUGUUAUGUAGUUUUAUUACACAGCUCACAAGUACAUAGGUUAUAAAUAGUAAAGACAUCUGCUUUGGGAUCUGUCUUUUAGCUCACCUUUUUUCAGAAGUACAGAGAGGGAAAAAAGUAUUUGAUCCCCUGCUGAUUUUGUACAUUUGCCCACUGACAAAGAAGUUAUCAGUCUAUUACUUUAACGGUAGGUUUAUUUGAACAGUGAGAGACAGAAUAACAACAAAAAAAUCCAGAAAAAUCUAUUUUUAUAAAUUGA